UCAGGCCUAGAGGUAAUCCCAGGAUUUGAGAGAUAAUCCGUGCGCAUGAAACUCGGAGAAAAAAGUGACGGUGAAAAAAGUGACGGAAAAUUUUAAGUAGAAAUCAGAAGUUAGAGCGUCAAGAAAGUUUUAAUCUAACGACGUGAAUUUCUAGCAGAGGGAGUGAAUCGAAGCCAAGAUGACGUUACAAUCUAUUUACAUUGUGCUUUUAAUGACAGUCCUGCUUGCAGUCCAGACGACAGGAGACAUGUACUACAGACAGCAGCCGAUGUCGAGCUCUGGGAGCCGGCCCAACAAAAUCAUCCACGUGCACCAUUACGACGCUGGGAGCAGUGGCGGCAGUAUGAUGAGUGGCAGCUACAAGAAGCAUGACUCUAGCAUGGGCAGCAUGGGCAGCAUGGGCAGCAUGGGCAGCGGCAGUGGCGGCGGUCUCAUCGAGUUGCUCAUCCUGUCCAGUCUGCUGGGGGGUACCAAUACAGCAACUGCAACUACUGGCACUGGCGGAUUUCUCUUCGGUGGCAAAUAGUUCCAGAAUUAUGUUCACGUGUAUAUCCAAUAAAUCGUUUUUACAAUCUA